UCCACCGCUUGUGGACCUGCUACGAGUAAUUAUUUAGUGUCUGUGGCUGAACUUCAACACACAAUGGCAGAAAAACCCUUGAUAGACUGGGACAGUGGUCUCUUGGAUUGCUUUGAGGAUGCGAGUACUUGCUGCUAUGGUUUCUGGUGUGGCCCCUGCCUCGCCUGCACCGUUGCUGGAAGGUUUGGAGAGAACAACUGUCUCCCUUUGUGUGAUAUAUGCUGUUGUGUUGUGUCGAGAGUCUUUGGCCUUCCAAUUUUUCCACCUCCUGCAGUCUUGUCUUUAAGGGCUGCCAUGCGAAACAGAUAUGGCAUCAAGGGCUCUCUCUGUAAGGAUAUUGCAAUUUCCUGUUGCUGCGCCACGUGCUCCUGGUGUCAGAUGCAUCGUGAGUUAAAGCAUCGUAAGCAAGCCCCCACUGUGGUCAACAUACAGAAUAACAACAUUGUGAACAUGCAGCCUGUUCCAGUCAUGCAGGCACCCAUGAUGAUGCCUGUACAAUCAGUGCCAGCUGCUUAUAUGGCUCAACCAGCAGUCACUGUGAUCACACAGUGACGCAA